AUGGCUGCCGCAGGAGGAGCUGCGAGUAUCAUUACUCAAGUGCAACAGGGUGGACCGCCUGUUAGCACUCUUGGAGAUGUUGGUGCCGAUGAGACGAUUGCUAUGGACCUAAGGGGCACAAGGUUUUAUCUCUCUAGGGACGAGCUGCUUACUUUGCCCGAGUUUGUGCUGUUAUCUUUGUUCCCCAAUGGAUUAUUCCCUGAGGGCCAAAUGGGCGGCUUUGCAGACGGCGAUGCAGUGCAAGUCGACUACGACCCAGCUUCACUUCAGUAUAUGCUUGACUUCUUUAGGGACGUAGCACAAUCUAUCCCCACAGAUGGAUCACCAAAUGCGUCUCAGGAUGAGGAUACACCUUCUCUCGGCACUUCGCGUGACGACUCUAAGCGAGCCGGUAUCAUUGUGUUACGUGAGGACCUCGACUUUUAUGCUAUCCCUCCACGAGCGGAUAUUGGCCCGCUUGACAUGAUUGCCGUGAAACGGGCAGCUGCAGAGGCUUUGCAGCAGCAGAACGGCAUCUUUUCGGGUCUCAAGCGAAGCGACGAGCCGGGUACUACUGAGGCCCACUUGAUCGAGAUGCUGACGGCAGGUGGCUUCAAUCAUGAUGAUCGAUGGGGUCAUCGAGCUGGUGAGCCUAACAAGGCCGUCAUCUGCAGUCUGGCUCUUGCCCGUCUACGCAGCGACAUCCGGGGUAACGAGAUGGGCACUAACGCUGUCGGUAUGGCCCAGAAGCUUCUGCUCUUCUGGCGUAAACCUGCUCGGCGAUGCUGGUGGGAGGGUGUCGAGCUCGAGAAUGUUGCAGGUGUAGAGGGCAAGCUUAAGGUCUGGAUCCGAAGAGUAUGGACCCUCGAGAUGAGUGUUAUUGGCCUGCGCUAG